AUGAUCUCUGGAAUUUUCAAGUCGGCUCUGGCCGCCGCCAUGAUCGGCACGUCGGUUGCUGUCGACACCUGGGGCGGCUCCGUGUCCCUGGGCCCGACCACCUCGACCAUCAUCAAAGCCGUGACAACCAUCAUCCCCGGCGACGCUCCUCCCACGCAAAAUGGAGCUCUCGCCCUGUGGCCCGGCAUGUCUAACGGCACCGGCGACCUGGUCCAAACAACCCUCGAGUCCUGGCCCGACAACUCCUGGUGCGGCGCCAAGAAGGGCCAGUGGUGCGUCCGCGCCUCGCUCUUCGGCUCCUUCGGCCAGCUCAGCGGCGACGCGAGUGCCGUCUCAGGUAACCAGAAGGUCAAGAUUCUCUACGAGCUGCUCUCGGACAAUAACACUUGGCGCCAAACCGUCACCGAUGCCGACACGGGCGCGAAGCUUAGCUCGUACGAGUACAAGUCUGGUCCCUUCAUGAGGGGCUAUGGCACCGGCACCGAGUGCAACGCCAACUGCAGCCCGACCGUCGCCAAGCAGCAGUACAUCAACACGGAAAUCACCCUGGCCGGAGCCGACCCCAACUUCGGCAAGACCAUCGCCACUGCGCAGAAGGCUACGUACACUGGCCUGGCUAGCAGCCAAGGAGGCAAGGUCUGGACCAUCAAGGAGAUCAAUGUCCCGGCAAUGGUCUAG